UAUUGUGAUUGUAUUUGCAGGUGAACGUGGACUGGGAGUUGAGUGAAGCGAUCUGUGAUCUAUACAUUGCAAUUGAUGUGAUUUGUAGCACGGCAUCUAUUUUCAAUUUGGUUGCAAUCAGUUUUGACAGAUAUAUUGCAGUAACGCAUCCAAUAUUCUACUCAAAGCACAAAAACGACAAAAGAGUUAUUUUUACAAUUUUCAUUGUCUGGAUCUGUUCAGCCGGAGUGGGACUUCCCAUUGUCUUAGGUGCCAAUACGUCAGCGGACAGGAUCCCCGAGCUGUGCAUAUUCUACAACUCCAACUUCAUAAUCUACUCAUCGUUGUGGUCGUUCUACGUGCCGUGUGUGAUCAUGGUCAUUCUCUACUAUAAGAUAUUUAAAGCCAUCCACAACAGGGCCAAGAAGGCCAUCGGCAGCCGUAAGACCUACUCGUCCUCCACGUCAGAUACGGCCAAAUCGGCGCAAGUGAUCGAAAAUAUCGCACAAACAAAACGCUUCCGCGAAGAGAUACAGGCGGCCGCCGACGCCAACAAACUGUCCAUAAAUAACAAAAUCAAAGCCAAACUUCCUCUCAUCACAGAGACGGACGCCGUGACGAACACCGGAAGCGGUGGCAGUCAUGACGAGGAGGAUGAGGACGAAGACAAGGAUGAGAUUCAGUUGGAAAUGAUUGAGUGUCACGUGAUUCGCAACAAGAGAGCCCAGGCGUCGGACACCGAGAUAAUCGGCAAACAGACUAAACAUAACAAAACUGUAGUCCAAUUGCAAAGCCCUCUGGAGGUUGAGGUGACGAUUGGACCAAAUGGUAAUACCGAUUCCGGUUACGCCCCCUCUUAUGCUCCCAACAAUAUUGAAGAACUGAAUCCAUUUUGUCUUGAAAACCCAAACAUAGACUCCCCGACCGAUAAGACAACGGCUGUCACUACCAAUAAGUCAGACGCCGUAGUUCUGGUCGUACAUAAUGUACAGACUAUUAAUAAAAACGGAAGUAUAGCCACCGCUCAGGUGUCCACAUCAUCCUCAUCGCCAAACGCCGGUCACAAUCAUCACCACCACAACAAACACAGCGACUCUGUGUCCCAUUCGGGGCACUCCGGGUCCACGACCGGCUCGACCGGUGCCACACAUAACACACACCGACCGGCAAAGAAGAAGUCGCGCUUCAAUUUGGGCCGAAAACACAAGAGUACCCGAAAGAAGAGGGAAAAGGCGUCCGCCAAACGCGAACGCAAAGCCACCAAAACGCUGGCCAUUGUCUUAGGUGUCUUUCUGCUGUGUUGGACUCCAUUCUUUAGUUGCAAUAUCUUAGACGCGAUUUGUAUAAAAUUAGACGAAAAUGAUUUCAUAAAAACGGAUUGUAGGCCUGGGAUGACGGCAUUCCUAUUGACCACUUGGCUCGGCUACAUGAAUAGCUGUGCCAAUCCAUUAAUCUACACAAUUUUUAAUCCAGAAUUCCGCAAAGCUUUCCGAAAGAUUUUGCAACAAAUAUUUUGAAUAAACUAUAGAUAAAACUUCACUCAUUGUACUUAAAAUCAUUAUAACAAAACUUCUAUUAUAUAAUAUCUUCCGAACAAA